UAACUACUAUGCAUGCCUACUAUACAGAAUUACAGAGUGUUGACUAAGAACUUUAAGUAAACACACUAUAUUCUAAUUUCUAAUCAUUUUUGUAUUAUUAAUUAUUACAUAAGAAUUAAAAAUCUAUAAACUAAUCUAUUUUACAAAUAAAUUAAAUUUUUUCUCUCGUCCGUCAACGUAAUUUACAUCAAAAUGACAGAAAUCAAAGAAUCAAAAGAAACAAAAUUUAAAGAAUUGGUAUCCUACAGUGAACCGGCUCUUCGCAACAAUUCAUCAGUUGUUGAAUACUGCCGUACUUCAAUGUCUGCCUUAUCUGGUUGUACUGCUGGCAUUCUCGGUUUAACUGGACUAUCUGGAUUCGUAUUCUACGUAUUUUCCGUUUUAGCAUUAUGGGGCUUGUUAUUGUUCAAAGCAGGUAAUUUAUGGCAAAAAUAUUUCCUCAACAGACAUAGUCUAUUAACAGGAGGUUUUUUCAGUGGACUUUUUACAUAUGUAUUAUUUUGGACAGUAUAAGCAGUGUUUUCUGAUUUGGAGGUUCUUGGUUUACCACUCACAACCCCACUCAUGUGGAAGGGUAAAAAAUUCUAUUAAAUAUGUUUACCCUUUAAUUUUUUGGCCACAAAAUGGUUAAAUACUCUGUAUCCAUGGUUGUAAGUUAAUUUUUAAGAUUUGAAUAAGGCUUAAAAUUCAGUUUGUUUUACUUUUAGUAUAUUGUCAAAAAAUUAAUAUAAAUGUCAACACAACAUAACAUAACACUUUAACCCCAUAUCAAGGGAUUUAGUAUAUAAUAGUUCAAAGUUAAACUAACAAUUAUUGAAUAUACAUGAUGCAGCAGAAAAAUCUCCUUAAUUUGUGAAACUCCUAAAUAUCAAACCAAAUCAAAUAUCUAAAAACAUGAUUAAUUUAUAAAUUAUACAUUUAAUGCCAUUUUAUUUUAAUUAUUUUUAAAAAUUUUGUCACUUAAAAAAUGGCUCUCAUUUUCAAAACGCUGAUUGUACCUUUUUCAAUAAUUUUCUAUGACCUACGGGCCAUUUUAAGCAAAAUGGCUGCAACUUUUCUGAGUUAUUAUCUCUAUCAGUACUCCUAAAGUUUGGAAACAAUGUUAGUACCCUUGGCUUUUGAGGUAGCUCUACAGGAAAAAAUUGCAUGGGCUCAAAUUUGGUGAACGCAAUGGCUAUUCAAUGUUAUCACAUAAAGAAAUAAUAUGUCUUGGAAUUAUUAAUAAAUUCUUCAAUAACAAACACACAAUGUUCUUCCUACUAAGCCAUGAUAAAUACUAAUAAUGACAUAAAUAAAUAAAUCUUUCUAUCGAUAUAAAUCCUAUUAGUUUAAUCUCAAUCUCAACCUAAAUUACAAAUCUAUCAAACUAAGGAGUUAAUUCUGCUGCACAUUGUACAAGUUUUAAGUCAAUUAAGUAUAAUAUUAGGCAACUGUCAGCUCUACUUUUUUGUAGACAUAACUAUUUAUUAUAUUAAUCUAGUAUUAUGUUCUGUAUAACGUAUGAAUUUAUUAAGUAAUUAAAGCAUUGAAAUUUAUAAUUAUUCUUAAUUCUUUAU